GGCAGCGUCAACCCAGACGGCGACAACCGGCCGGGCUCGAGCGGCGUCGCGGUCGCCUCGAUGCUGUACAAGAUCGUCGACCCCGAGAGCGGAGAGCUGCUGCCGCGCGGCGAGGAGGGCGAGGUGGUGUGCACGGGGCCAAACGUCAUGGCGGGCUACCUCAACAACCCGGAGGCGAACGCGCACGCCUUUGACGCGGACGGCUGGUUCCGGACGGGCGACAUCGGCUACGCCGACGAGGACGGCUACCUCUACUUCACGGACCGGCUCAAGGAGCUGAUCAAGUACAAGGGCUUCCAGGUGCCGCCCGCCGAGCUCGAGGCGCUGCUGCUCUCGCACCCGCAAAUCGUUGACUCGGCGGUGAUCCCGGUGCCUUCCGACACGGCCGGCGAGGUGCCGCGCGCCUUCGUCACCCUCGCGCCAGGGGCGGACUUCGACGCCGACUCCAUCGCCGCCUGGGUCGCCGAGCGGGUCGCGCCGCACAAGAAGCUCCGCGGCGGCGUCGUGCAGAUGGUCGCCCCCGACGCCAUCCCAAAGUCGGCGGCGGGCAAGAUCCUAAGGAGAGUCCUCGUGCAGAGAAACAAGGCGGGCGAGUUCGACCCGCAGGAGUGAUGACACGCAUGUACUGUACACACACCGCACAGCUCAGGGGCGCACCCGCCUCAUGGAUGUCCGGCCGGGGGCGGUUGUGGGUUGAUCUGUCCCACCACACAGCGCGUCUCGCGUAGUCCAAGUCGCGUCGGCUCUACAAGCGAUAGAGACUGUGUGUGAAAAGCCCGUUUUU